GCUCUCGGGUCGGGGGUGCGGCGCUCACCCCGGCAAUCCCAAGCCCGAGACGCUGCGCUGAGCGGCCGAGCGGGAGGGAGGCGAGGGGCCGCCCGCGCUGCUGUCCCCGCCCCGCGCGCCCUGCGCCCCACUCCCCAGGCGCCUCUCCGAGGCUCAGCCCUCCUGCCUCCGGCGCUGUCCCGGACCCGCCGGGAGCGAGCGGCCGGCAAGUCUCGGCGCGCUCCGGCGGCGGGCCGAGGGCUCCGUGCGCUCCGGGGUGGGUGGCCGCGGCUCCGGGCUCCGCGCCCCGCGCGCACUUCGGCGAUGGCCUCGCUGCCGCGGCGGCUGCGCUUUCGCCCCCAACGCCUCCUGCUCCCUCUCCUCGGAUUCCUGCUGCCUCUUUGCGGCGCCUUCAACCUAGACGUGGACAGUCCUGCCGAGUACUCCGGCCCCGAGGGCAGUUACUUCGGCUUCGCGGUGGAUUUCUUCGUGCCCAGCGCGUCUUCCAGGAUGUUUCUUCUGGUGGGAGCCCCCAAAGCAAACACUACCCAGCCUGGGAUUGUGGAAGGAGGACAAGUCCUAAAGUGUGACUGGUCUUCUCACCGGGGCUGCCAGCCAAUUGAAUUCGAUGCCACAGGCAACAGAGAUUAUGCCAAGGAUGAUCCAUUGGAGUUUAAGUCCCACCAGUGGUUUGGAGCAUCUGUGAGAUCAAAACAGGAUAAAAUUUUGGCCUGUGCCCCGCUGUACCACUGGAGAACUGAAAUGAAACAGGAGAGAGAGCCAGUUGGAACAUGCUUUCUUCAAGAUGGAGCAAAGACUGUUGAGUAUGCUCCAUGCAGAUCAAAAAAUAUUGAUGCUGAUGGACAGGGAUUUUGUCAAGGAGGAUUCAGCAUUGAUUUUACUAAAGCUGACAGAGUACUUCUUGGUGGUCCUGGUAGUUUUUAUUGGCAAGGUCAGCUCAUUUCGGAUCAAGUGGCAGAAAUCGUAUCUAAAUAUGACCCCAAAGUUUACAGCAUCAAAUAUAAUAACCAGUUAGCAACUCGGACUGCACAAGCUAUUUUUGAUGACAGUUAUUUGGGUUACUCAGUGGCUGUUGGAGAUUUCAAUGGUGAUGGCAUAGAUGACUUUGUUUCAGGAGUUCCAAGAGCAGCGAGGACAUUGGGAAUGGUUUAUAUUUACGAUGGGAAGAACAUGUCCUCCCUACACAAUUUUACUGGUGAGCAGAUGGCUGCAUAUUUUGGAUUUUCUGUCGCCGCCACUGACAUUAACGGGGAUGAUUAUGCUGACGUAUUUGUUGGAGCACCUCUCUUCAUGGAUCGUGGUUCUGAUGGGAAACUCCAGGAAGUGGGGCAGGUCUCAGUGUCUCUGCAAAGGGCUUCAGGAGAUUUCCAGACGACUAAGCUGAACGGGUUUGAGGUCUUUGCAAGGUUCGGCAGUGCCAUAGCACCUUUGGGAGAUCUGGACCAGGAUGGCUUCAAUGAUAUUGCCAUUGCUGCUCCAUAUGGGGGUGAAGAUAAAAAAGGAAUUGUUUAUAUUUUCAAUGGAAGAUCAACAGGGGUGAAUGCGGUGCCAUCUCAAAUCCUUGAAGGGAAGUGGGCUGCUCGGAGCAUGCCCCCAAGCUUUGGCUAUUCAAUGAAGGGAGCCACGGAUAUAGACAAAAAUGGAUAUCCAGACUUAAUUGUAGGAGCUUUUGGUGUAGAUAGAGCUGUAUUAUACAGGGCCAGACCAGUUAUCACCGUAAAUGCUGGCCUUGAAGUAUACCCUAGCAUUUUAAAUCAAGACAAUAAAACUUGCCCACUGCCUGGGACAGAUCUUAAAGUUUCCUGUUUUAAUGUCAGGUUCUGCUUAAAGGCAGAUGGCAAAGGAGCACUUCCCACGAAACUUAACUUCCAGGUGGAGCUUCUUUUGGAUAAACUCAAGCAAAAAGGAGCAAUUCGACGAGCCCUGUUUCUCCAUAACAGGUCCCCAGGUCACUCUAAGAACAUGACCAUAUCAAGGGGGGGACAGAUGCAGUGCGAGGAACUAAUAGCAUAUCUGCGGGAUGAAUCUGAAUUUAGAGACAAACUCACUCCGAUUACUAUUUUUAUGGAGUAUCGGUUGGAUUACAGAACGGCUGCUGAUGCAACAGGCUUGCAACCCAUUCUUAACCAGUUCACUCCUGCCAACAUUAGUCGACAGGCUCAUAUUCUACUUGACUGUGGUGAAGACAAUGUCUGUAAACCCAAACUGGAAGUUUCUGUACAUAGUGAUCAAAAGAAGAUCUAUAUUGGGGACGACAACCCUCUGACAUUGAUUGUUAAAGCUCAAAAUCAAGGAGAAGGUGCCUAUGAAGCUGAGCUCAUCAUUUCCAUCCCACCGCAGGCUGAUUUCAUCGGGGUUGUCCGCAACAGCGAAACCUUAGCAAGACUGUCCUGUGCAUUUAAGACAGAAAACCAAACCCGCCAAGUGGUAUGUGACCUUGGAAACCCAAUGAAGGCUGGAACUCAACUCUUAGCUGGUCUUCGUUUCAGUGUGCACCAGCAGUCAGAGAUGGAUACUUCUGUGAAGUUCGAUUUACAGAUCCAAAGCUCCAAUCUUUUUGACAAAGUAAGCCCAGUUGUAUCUUACAAAGUUGACCUUGCUGUUUUAGCUGCUGUUGAGAUAAGAGGAGUCUCAAGUCCUGAUCAUAUCUUUCUUCCGAUUCCGAAUUGGGAGCACAAGGAGAACCCUGAGACUGAAGAAGACGUCGGGCCGGUGGUCCAGCACAUCUACGAGCUGAGAAACAAUGGUCCAAGUUCAUUCAGCAAGGCAAUGCUAAAUCUUCAGUGGCCUUACAAAUACAACAAUAACACCUUGCUGUACAUCCUUCAAUAUGAUAUUGAUGGGCCAAUGAACUGCACCUCAGAUAUGGAGAUCAACCCUUUGAGAAUUAAGAUCUCAAAUUCGCAAGGAACUGAAAAGAAUGACACAGUUGCUGGGCAGGGUGACCGGAACCAUCUCAUCACUAAGCGGGAUCUCACCCUCACUGAAGGAGAUGUUCACACUUUGGGUUGUGGAAUUGCAGAAUGCUUGAAGAUUGUCUGCCAGGUUGGGCGGCUAGACAGAGGAAAGAGUGCCAUCCUGUAUGUGAGGUCUCUGCUGUGGACCGAGACCUUUAUGAAUAAGGAAAACCAGAAUCAUUCAUAUUCUCUGAAGUCGUCUGCUUCAUUUAAUGUCAUAGAGUUUCCUUAUAAGAACCUUCCAAUUGAGGAUAUCUUCAACUCCACAUUAGUCACCACUGAUGUCACCUGGGGCAUUCAGCCAGCACCCAUGCCCGUGCCUGUGUGGGUGAUCAUUUUAGCAGUUCUUGCAGGGUUGUUGUUACUGGCUGUUUUGGUAUUUGUAAUGUACAGGAUGGGCUUUUUUAAACGUGUCCGGCCACCUCAAGAAGAACAAGAAAGGGAGCAGCUUCAACCUCAUGAAAAUGGUGAAGGCAACUCGGAAACUUAACUGUGAUUUUUAAGUUAUGCUACGUCCUGACCCGUUAGAGUCACCAACUUCAUUCUAGGUUUCAAUUUCCUUCAUGAGAAAUUAAAUUCCAAGACUGUGCUGCUGAUGGUGCCCAUUGUUUUAACCACAAAAUGAGAGCAAUAUUUGUCAGCCUUUUUGUUAUAAUUAAGUUCAGACAUACAUUUAAUACACAUCCACUGACUUGUGUUUUUAGGUAUUUAAGUAAUGAAAUUUCAAGUGAUAGUUCUUCAAUGUACAUAAGACAGGUAGUGCCUGAGUUACCACUUUAUAUAAAAUAGUACCUCCUACAAUUAUUGUUUCUGAUUUUGUAUGUUGGGUUUUGUUUGUUGUUUUUGUUGUUUUAAAGCCAUCCAGAUUUGGGCCUUAGAAUCCACAUCUUUGGUACAGGUACUUAAUGUUAAUACACAUUACACUACAGUUGAGUUUUCAAGCUACUAACUUUAUAACCACAUGAACUUGGAUUUUAAUAUUACCUACAUGGUAGAACUUAAAAAAAAAAAAGCAUGAUCUCAUCAAAAUUCUUUUCUGUAAUAGCAAAGGUACAGUAUUUUGUUUUAAUAUGAAAAUUGGGUACAUGCUAUUAAAUUUUUAUUUAUAUUUAAUCCACAAUCCACUUUAUUACAUUUUAAUUUGUGUAAGUUUUAUUUCAAAUCCUUUAAGCCAACCUAUACUAAAAAUUAGUUCUAUAACCAAAAAUGCCUCUUUUGUGUAAUCGUUUAAUUUCCGCUACACAUCAUGAUGCUUAAAGUCAUAUGGAGUUGGAAAUCAUUUCCAAAGUACGUUUGUUCCAUUGAACUAGUCUGGCUAUUACAAUACAAGAAAAAAGCAUUUUAAUGAAAAGGCUCUGUUUGUAGUUCUUUGAUAGAGUUGCUUAUUAAUAGUACAUUCUUAGAUUAGAGCAAGAAUUUUUAGUUGGCAUUAAUUUAUUUUCCUCCUAUAUAUGUAUCUUUCCUUAUGUUUCCAAAACUGUUACUGAGAAAUGGUCAAGGUCAAUGAGGAAUCUUUACAACUUACAGGAACCUGCACCCAACCUCCCAAGCCCAUAGGAAAUGCUUAGAAUUGGAAUUCUCCAACUAGCUCACUGGUUUCCUUCCAGCAUGAUGCUACUCAUGUGGAUAUCACCACAGUUUUAGCAAAGUAUAAUGUGUAAAACCAGUCUCAGCUAUCAAAAUGACUUCUAAAUGGUACUUUUAUAAGCAAUUCAAGUUAUGGAAACCUUUUAAAACUUUCUUAGGCUUAUUAACAUAAAUUACUUUUGUAGGAUUUUUUAAAUAAAAGCUGCAUAGGUGUCAAGUUGUAAUUUUAUAUGCCUGUAGGGUGAUGAAUCUUCUAGAGGAAUAUGUGAUUUAUUCACAGUUCCUCAAGGCCUGGGAAUGACUAUUAAUUAUACCUAUUUUUGUGCAAUUACAUCAUGUUGUGCAUUAGAAAUUGAGAGUUUAAUAGCUUUUUUAACUGCUGUCUUCAUUAGGUAAUGAUAAAUAUUUUCCUUAAAUAAUUGAAUAUUUUUCUAUAUUUUAAAAAUAGUUGAAAUUUAUCUUGCCGUGUCUUGUGUUAUAAUUCCCUACACAAGUGGCUAAGCUAGAAUAUAUUCAUAAAAUAGAGGCAAAUGUAGGUGAGUUAUAUAAGUUAGAUUAUUGACAAGACCCUGUAUUUAGCUCUAAUGAAUUUCAAAAUUAAUAGGUUUUGUAGUAUAGAUUUUAUUAGUAGCUUAAAAGAUCCUAGUCAUAUGCAAUAAGUAUUUUUAUUACCAAUAAAUUUAAAAUUUUUAAGAAAAAAUAUUUUUAUCCUAGAGCCUGCCACCAGAUGGUCACUAAGUUGGUCUAUAACAACUUUCACCUUAUAUUUUCCCACCUAAUAGAGUCAUUCCUGAAAAUAUAUGUUGGAUAGAAAUUCACUCUUUGAAAAGAAGGUUACUAUUUGCUUUUGCAAUCUGUUCCUUUUAUGGCCUCUGUCUCAAGGUAUAACCUUGUGUAGGAGAUUGAAGGAUGUUUCAUUGGAAAUUAAUGUGCUGUUUUAAAUUGCCUUUAUGAAAUGUAGUUUUAAGCAAUAGUAUUUUCUUUUAAAAAAUGAAAAUUUAUAUCUCUACACAAAUAUGGUAGAAGUGCAAUUUGAAAGUCUACUCUCUAAAGAAAAUGUUUGGGAAAAUGUUGGGCUUCUUUUUAUCCUAAAGUAGCAUAUGAAUGUAUUUGGUUGAAAUGUCAAAAAAUAGUCCUAUGAAAACUAUUUUAAUUUUCAAACAUUUUAAAUACUACUAUGUUUGUGUGAUUUAUUGAGAAUUAAAAUCCAUUCGAGUGUAAAACUCUUAUAAUCUGAUUCAGUUUAAAAAAAAACAUAUGCGUGAGGUAGACAAUAUUUAAAGCAUUUGAUAUUAGUAAAAAAGUAUUCAUACUGUUAUUGAUUUCUUAUGUAGGCAUUUAUUUGAGAAUUGGUGUUUUGAGAAACAUUUGUGUGAGAAACAUUCUUUCCCUUUCUUCCCUGUACCUUUCUCUUGUGAUUAAUUAUUAUUGUAAUUCUGAUUAAGUUCUUAAUAAUUCUGAAGUGUAAAACAGUUAAUCAAAACAUCAGUGCCACAAUUCGACCUGUGUUAUGAAACUACUUAUUCAUAGUAAAUUCUCAUUAAUACUUUAUAUUUAUAUAAAGAGAAAAUUCAAGUAUUAGUAAAAGAGACUAUUCUGGCUUCUUUAAGAGGGCUGUAAAGAUUUUUGAUAAUGAAUGAUGACCGUAAGAGAGAGAUUUAUGUGGCAAAAGUAUAGUAUAUAAUAGAUCAGCUGGUUUUUAUAAGGCAAACAGAAUCUGUAAGAUGAUAGACAUUCCUGUGUUGCAGAAUGUAGUGCAGAGCUUGGAGAAGAGUAAGUCUUUCUUGGAAUACUUGUGUAUGACCAUUGCCUAUCUCAGUGUCACUUUGUUUGUACUCUUGAAUAGCUUGUAUAUGUGGUAGUCUGAUAAAUAAGAAAAAAAUAUAAAAUUUGAAAAUUGAAGAUAGGAUCAAAAAUGGUGAAUGAGAUGACUUAAUACUCACUGUUUUAGAGAGUAUCCCCUUGGACUUUUUGGUAGGCUAGUUAGCACGAUGAACCUAUGGGCGUGUAGCAUGCAUAUAAGCUUUUAUUUCACGUAAUUUCUGAUACAUAAUGAACUUUUUGGGAGAGGUACUGAAUCUUUGAUUUUUAUUGUCAUUGUUCUCAAGUGCAAUAUAACAAUGUAACCAAACCUAGAUAAUUUCAAAGUCAUCAUUAAUUUACUAAACCUAAUGUAAACAGAUUGAUUAUUAUGUUUGUUAGCGGGAAGGAGUGAUUCUGCUAUGGAUACACAAAUGAAGUUAUUUACCCUGAAUUGUCCAUUCUACAUUCUUUUUCAGGCUAGACAUGAACUAUUCUCUACUGGUUUUAAAACACUUUAAAAUAUCUUAAGGUAACUUGGAACCUGUAUAUAUCAAAUUAAUUUGCUACCUAAGUAACAUAGAAAGUAAUUGUCUUUGUUUAGCUUCUCUUGUGAUCACCCACAUUGGGUGAGACAUAAAAUGAGUGUGUUCUAAAAUUUGUCAUUUGCUAACUUGAUUUGAGUUAGUGAAAAUUGGUACAGUGUUCUGCUUAGUUUCCAAUGUGUAACUUGUACAAUAAACUUGAGCAUAUGGUGCCACUUUUA